GGCCUCUCUCCACUUCUGCUCCGAGUGCAACAACUUGCUCUACCCCAAGGCGGACCCGCAGCGCCGUAUUAUGGUCUACGCUUGCCGUAUCUGCGCAUAUGACGAGAUCGGGGAGAACCAGUGCGUGUAUAGGAAUGAUUUGCUGACAGUGACGAGGGAGCAGGUUGGCGUGACGUCUGACCUUGGCUCGGAUCCCACUCUGGCCCACCAGAAGAUGACCUGUCCAAAAUGUAACAAUGACGAUGCCGUGUUCUUCCAAGACCAAUCCAAGCGCAAGGAAACCAGGAUGAUUCUCUUCUAUGUUUGUACAAAAUGCAAUCAUGCGUUCACAGACCCAAGUCUAGAUCUAGAACACCAGCCAGAAAUGUGAUGGACGUUCUGGCCGUAUCGGCAGGGCGGAAGCUACAACGCUACUUGUUAUCCAUCGGAUUCCCACUUGUAUGAUAAUUCUUGUAUUGCUAAUGCUAUUCUGAUGAUAUAGUCCAAGACCAAUGCGCGUUGCCGCUUCUAACGCUAGGAUGAUCGGUGAUGCUCCUGAUGGUAUGCUACAACAGGCUACGCAAUACAUAGUGAAACAAGAAUCCCAAGGCCCGCCCGAGACACAAGAUCACGCACAAUUCCUUCUUCGCUCUGGAACAGACCUCUCACGCUUAUCUUCACCGAUCCGGCGCGAAGAUCUCAUCCACGACCCUCUCCACGAGCUUCGCCUCCCUCACCUGCAUAUCCUCCUUGCUCACCCCCUGGCCGUUCUCCAUCCUCUCAACCGCCUUCUUCCACUCCGCAACCUUCUCUUCGAGAACCGCCUCCCUAGCACGCGCGAGCCGCGCGGUCGUCUGCAGGCCAAGCACCUCCGCUUCUGCGUCCUCAAGGGCGUGCGCGCGCGAGCAGAGCUCGACGUACGCCGGGCGGAGCCACGCGGGGAUGCCGUACUUCUCCGCGAGGAAGACGCGCUCGACGGGGUCGAGCGGUGGAGAUGCAGCGUCGAGAGCGGCGAUGGCGUGCAUGCGUGCUGCUGGGAAGGAGAGCUGGGACGCGGUGGAGAGCAGGAGGACGAGGUCGAGGAUCGAGUCGUACUGCGGGCUGGAUGCGCCGUGGUACAAGAAGUAGAGGAGGCACUCGAACUCGCGCUUGGACACGUCGGGCAGGAUGAUCGCCGAGCGGUCCGUCUUUCCCGCCCCCAUGACCAGCUCACGCUGGAAGAAGUCCUUGAAGUACGCCGAGUCGCGCUCCAAGAAGUAGCGGUGGAUCCGGAACAGCGUGUUCUCGACCUGGCAGCGAGUGGCGCACUCUCAGUCUGGGCAACUAACAUGAACCACAGUAUAUGGAGGUACUCACCCGAAGGAUGAUCAGCUCGUCUUCGAUGUAGAACGUCGAGUGGCGGAGGGCAGGCUCGUCUACAGGCGACGGAGUACGCACGAACUGCUUGCUGCUGCCCGCAUGAGGUUCCUUCACGGCAGUGCCCGGGGACGAACGCGGGUUUGAUGAAGGAGACACGGGCCGUGUCUGCGCAAGUGUCGAGCCCGGGCUCAGCGGAAUCGGAGCCGACAUUGCAGUUGGGCUUGCCCGCCCGCCGCUCGAGCCACGCGACGGCGGACGGUGGCUGGUGUCCUCAGGCGCAGAACGCGGACUCUCCGCACGGGGCGAGAGUGGCUGCAGCGCGAGUGGCGACUGGGACGGGGAAGGGAUGGGCGAGAUGGUGGGGCGAUGCGAGGAGUGCAUCAAACGGUCUGGCGGGAAGAACAGUCGCUCGGCGUCGGACGCAGAUUGGGGGAUAUCGGGGAGAGGGAGAGAGACAAGGGGACUGUGGCACAGAGGGGAGGCCCCGAUGCCACUAUCAGACGACAUGGCCGCUGCGUCCAUCAGGCGGCGCUGGGCCACACUCGUGCGCUUGACUUUAUUCUUUGCAGACCUCCGCGGACUACCUCGCGAGAUAUGUCCGAGAGCAGGGAGUGGUGGAGGAGGCGAUCGUGGCUCCUCCAUAUCUAUGCGCUCGACGGCUGGCGUGCGCCACGGUGAGCGUGUUCCGGUGUUGUCGUCGCCCUCACUGUCAGUCUCGACUCGGGGACUGUGGUACUUCCGAUACCCCUGUGCGCGCGAGGUCGGCGGCGAUGCGGGGGAAGAGCGUGCCUUGGAUGAGCUCCGCCGGCUAAGCGGGACGUCGCGCUCGAGGUCGUCCACAGGCGCCAACACAGUGGGACGAACUUGGGGCUCGUAUGGGCCGCCAUUCCGGUCCGCAUAUAUCUCAUCCCUCGUUUCCCGCGCCAAGCUGAGCAUAGGGCCCAAGGCUUUUCGGAGAGGAGAUGGCAUCUCGGAUUGCGGAGAUGAGAGCGUCCAAGGGUCUGGAGAUUGUGACCGAGGAGGCCGUUCAGGCUGCAGAGUGGGACUUGGAGGCGUACCCAUCGUUGGAGUCGACAUGGAUGAGCUACCAGGGUAGGAUCGCGAAGUAUGGUCGUUGUCGCGAGUUCGAUAGAGUUGCUGCGAUGACGAUGCAAUGGGUGAGGCCUCGAUGAGGAACUUGGUAUCAGUUCGUGCGCGAUGAGCAACAGAGCGGCCGGGGGAGUUCAUAUCGAGGUCGUCAAUUGCGUAUGCUCGGGAUACGAGAUGAGAUGGACGACGCGGCACGAAGCGUGCUGCACAGUUUUAUACCCUCCCUCGAGGCCUGGCCAAGGGCACGCUGUCGAGGCGUGGGCCCGCCGCAUCACUGGAAGGCGCUUCCGGACGCGUGUUGUUGUCCGCCAUUUCUGGGCCAGCGCCGAGCAAUGCCAAUUGUCCCGUGGAUGGCAACAGCGGAACACUGUGGAAGGAUGUAUUGUGCCUUUCAUCACAGCACAGUCAGAAAACGAGACGUACUGGAUCGCAUAACUUGAUGUCGUGAACUCUGUGAUGAACACAAGUCUGCGGUCGAACCUCUACAUACGUGCGUCUAUAAAAGGCUGGCAGUCCCAAGCGCCGACAAGCUUUGCUGGCACGCGACGGAUGGAGAACUUGAAACCCAAGUGGUUCUCUGCAGUCCUUCAUCAAUGUUCCUCGUCCUCACCGAGUUUCUGCGGCGCUAUGCAUGCAUGGUCCAUACGUUCAACAAUGAAUAAUACCUCCUAGAUAAGUCACGAAACAAUGAGCGCUUAGGCCUCUGGCGAAGCAUGUCCGAGUCAACCAUGCCUUCGGGCUCAACUAAGUUGUACGAUAGGAUCCAGUGCUCCUGCUCAUAACUCGACCAUGGCUACGACUAUGGUGAGAACGUUGACUUCCUCGGUUCCAAAAGGCGACUCACAGGACCUCUUUCUCAGCUGCGCUAGAUCUGGGAAAAUUGGGGCCAUUAUUGUCACGGCACUCGAAGUCUGAUCCCACGCGCGGUUGCAUGCAUAUGCACAACGUCGAUAAGAAGCCUGCGGCGAUGCCUUCAGUCCAACGACGACCAGACGGGGGACGUGCUCGUCCUGCCGCGAACCCCCCAAGCAGCUCUGACAUGUUUGUGAUGCGACUGACCGUAGCUUCUCUUUUCACCCUCUUCAUUGCCUUUGCGUGGGUUGGUUUCGGAUUCACCAAAGAAGCGGCUCGUGCUCCAGCGACAUCAGCAGCAUUGGAGUUCCCUGAUCUGUACGAGGCAUCGAUAACGGAAUUGCAGGAUGGGUUGCAGAAGGGCCUAUUCACCAGCGUCGACCUUGUUAAGGCAUACUUCGCAAGGAUCGAAGAAGUGAAUCUUCAAGGCCCCACCCUGCGCGCAGUCAUCGAGACCAAUCCAAGCGCCCUCGAGCAAGCCGCCGCGCUCGACCUCGAACGACGCACGACUGGAGCCCGCGGUCCCCUCCAUGGCAUCCCCAUUAUUCUCAAAGACAACAUCGCCACACUCGCCAGCGAAGGCAUGAACACGACUGCAGGCUCCUUCGCCCUCCUCGGCUCCAUCGUCCCGCGCGACGCACACGUCGCCGCCAAGCUCCGCGCCGCCGGCGCGAUCCUCCUCGGGAAGGCCAACCUCUCUGAGUGGGCAAACUUCCGCGGGAACGUCCCCUCCGGCUUCUCCGGGCGCGGCGGGCAGGCGAGCAGCCCGUACGUGCCCCUCGGCGACCCGUGCGGCUCGAGCUCGGGCAGCGGGAUCUCGAGCGCGAUCGGGCUCGCGGCGGGCGCGCUGGGCUCGGAGACGGACGGCUCGAUCGUGUGUCCGAGCGGGAUGAACAACCUGGUGGGGAUCAAGCCGACCGUGGGGCUAACCUCUAGGGACGGAGUGGUACCCAUCUCGGAACACCAGGACACCGUCGGGCCCAUGACGCGCUCCGUCACGGACGCCGCGAUCAUCCUCUCUGCCAUCGCAGGGCGCGACCCGCGCGACAACUUCACGCUGGCCCAGCCGCCCGUCGUGCCCGACUACACCCAGGCGCUGCGCGCCGAUGGCCUGAAAGGCCAGCGGCUUGGCGUACCACGCAAGUUCCUAGACGGACUCGACCCAGUGGUCGUCGGGGCGUUCAACGCGUCGCUCGAGACGAUGAAGGGGCUCGGCGCGACCAUCAUCGACCCAGCGGACUUCCCGGACUUUGACGAGUUCGUGGCGUCGAACAACGAGACUGUCGUCUUGAAUGUGGACUUCAAGGUGGACGUCAAUCGGUACAUCUCGGAGCUGGUCGAAGUCCCUACGGGAGUGAAGAAUCUCGCCGAUUUGAUUGCGUUCAACAUCGCCCAUGCGGACGAAGAGCUCGUCCCUCCGUUCUGGACCGACCAGUCGCAAUUCAUCACUUCUGAGAACACAACCGUCGACCAGGCAUUCUUCGACGCCGUAGCCGCCGACAAGGACCUCGGAGCGACCCGCGGCAUCGACGCGACCUUGAAGGCGUUCAAUCUCGACGCUCUCUUGCUUCCGACGGACGUCUCGUCCACUCCAGCCGCAAUCGCUGGGUACCCCAUCAUCACCGUUCCCCUCGGGUUCCUCCCGCCGAAUACGACCUUGUCGCCCGCGGAGCCGACGCGCUCCGGCGGACCCAACCAGCCGUUCGGGCUGUCGUUCUUGGGGACGGCGUUCAGCGAGUUCCAGCUCGUCUCGCUCGCGUUCGCGUACGAGCAGGCGACGCACACGCGCCUCCAGGUUCUCGCGUUCCCGGCGGCGAUCCCGAAGACGCAGCUUGCGGACGUGGUUUCCAAGUAGGUCCGACUAUGGGAUACGGGUAGAGACGGUGUGGGAUACAGGAGGUGUAGUACGUAAGGUAGCGAUGUAAAGUAGCAUGAGGGUGCCGUCCGAUCACCGAUGUACCGACAGAGUGCGACUAGGAAUGGCAUACGUGAUACAGCAGAGGUACAAGGGCGUGCUAUGAAGUCCGGCAAACAAGUCCGUGGGCGAGGGCGAGUCCAACAAUAUGGAGUUAGAUGCGACAGGUCUGUGAGUCCGAGAGCAUUACAGUUCCGAUAGUGUCGUGAGGAUAGCGUGCGUGAGACAUGAGCGGCAUGAUCUACCCGAAUCGCAAGGUCAAAUUCGUACAUCUCAGUGUUGCGGGAUAAUUCGGGCGUACCUGAUCUAAAUCAGGUCGUGGAAGAGUCGUGGUGUCAUGCGCUUAUGGAUGCGCCCGGGCGCGCCGCAUAUAGGUGUGCGGUCUCUGCGUAGGGAUCACCGCAGGGCUAUUGACGGCUACUAGGGGUUCCGCGCGUGCCACAUGGUGGGAAGACACGUCAGUCAGCGGGACCGCGCCGGAGACUGUGGCCAGCGCGAGGAGUGCGACUGUUAGGAAGACGCUGAAGAGCUGCAUCGCUAGAUGUCGGAUGUACUAGACUGGGAUGAGCAAAGGAUGGGGGAGUAGUGCAACAGGGUCGGCGGGCAGGAAGAUGGAGGAAGACGGCAGGGAGACACCGUGUAGCACGCUUGUCCGAGGUCGUAUAUAUUGCCCUCCUGUGAAACUGGCAAACUGGCGUGGAGGCGCACCGGCAGACAAGACUUUCAAGUGCAGUAGCACUAGCGUCACGGCCACGGGCGAGCCGGAAGUGCGGGUAUGGAGGGGACGCGCCGAGGGCUGCGCUCGAGGCUGUUCUUGACUCGAGCUCGGGAACACGUCGGCGUCACUGCACCGGCCUUAGACGGGCACGUUCCCAGUCGUCUCCGACACCCUGCGAGUGGCGGCGGCACGGUAUGAGACAGGGUUGC